AUUAUUAUCUUUAGUUUAAAUUAAACAAAAUUUUUUAGCUCAUAUAUACACUAUUUUUAUAGAUUUGCACAACCUGUCCAUCCUAUGGCACUGUCACAUACGGUAGUGUUAUACCAUUAUACUACAACUGCCGGCGCCGACAGUAUCCGACUAUCGGGUGUCAUCUAUCCGGGCAAUAGUGUCGAGCCGUACGGUGGCGGCGGCGAAGGCGGCGCACAGGGAGUAGUACUCAGUUCACUCAGUCCCGAUCAGUACUAUCGACACGAAAUAGUCGACCGCAUUCACGGACCACUGGCAACAACAUCAGCAGCAGCUCAGGGCGGACGUCAUAACUCGGCCGACUGGUUGGUCGAAGUGUAUGUCCAAACACUGGACCCGAACCGACUGAUACCUAUAAAACCGGAUGUCUAUCUAUACUGCGGCGGUCCGAUCACUGUCACAGCUAAUCAAGUAAAAGAUAAACCCAGAUGUUUGAGAGGAGGUGCCAAUGGUGGCAGAGGUGGUGGUCAACCGUCAGCACCGCAGGGAUCACCACAACAACAACAACAGUGGUAUCAACCGGUGUUACAGCAGUUGCAAACUGUUGGCACCAAUUUGCUAAACAAUUGGAUCCGACAACAACUGCCACAACCACCACAACAACAACAACCGCCAGCACCGGUAGCUCCACAACAACAAGCGUCUACAGUAUAUAACACCCACCCGAGUCCCAUAUACCCGUACCAAAAUCUACCUGGCCCAAUUUAUUCAGCUCCACCUAAUAGAUUUCCUUAUAACAAUACUACUACUACUAUGCCUACAUCAUCAUCAACACAGAUGCCAUCAUCACAUCCCGGUGCUUAUCAUCAGUCAAACAAUUUUCAACAUCAACCUAGUUCACAAUAUCAGUAAUAAUA